GUGAAUGGUCACAUAGAAAUAUGGUCUAUGCAAUAGCCUACCUACACAGAAAUGUCCCAGAACCGUGCAAAUGAAUUCACGAGUUUGUUCGUUAUUUCAUUAAUCAAUUUAGCCAACCAUGUUGCUCUGUCUUCUCAGCGCAGGAUGGUGUGUAACUGUUAAACACCACAGAAAAUAGCCUAUCUAAUCACUUUUGACGUCAACACGAACACGAUCUAUCAGGAAGUGAAGAUCAGUAACAAGAGACACUCGACAGGUAAGACAGGAAGGUGAGAGCUACACCCUCCUUGUUGUAAAUCGGCAGUCGCUUUGAAUCGAGCCACAUCGCUAAACGGAGACAAAGAUACUUCUAGAGUUUUAGGAUGAAGAAGGGAGGGGAGACACUGAACAGGCCGGACAACACCGCUUUUACCCAGCAAAGGCUUCCGGCAUGGCAGCCUAUGCUGUCGGCUGGCAUUGUCAUCCCUGGCUUUGUGGUUAUUGGUCUGGCCUUCAUUGGUGUUGGAGUGGCUCUGUUUGUUACAUCACAGAACAUCCAAACACUGGAGAGGGACUACACUGGCGUUGACCAAAGCUCAGAACACAACUGCUUUCAGUGUCUGGAUGUAAAAAAUUGCAUAUGUGCUCUUAAUUUCACACUCUCAAAGCAGUUUGAGGGGCCUGUGUUCUUCUAUUAUGGUUUAUCAAAUUUCUUCCAAAACCAUCGUAAAUAUGGCGUCUCCAGAGAUGACCACCAACUUUUUGGGGAUACAUCUUACUUCACUAGCCCUGAUGAUACUUGUUCCCCAUAUAAGUAUGAUUCCAGAAACAGGCCGAUUGUCCCAUGUGGAUCGGUAGCCAACAGCAUGUUCAACGACACAUUCAGCCUCUAUCAGUUAGUGGGAGGGCAGAAAAAACAAGUUCCAUUUGACGGGAAAGGCAUCGCAUGGUGGACUGAUUACAACCUCAAAUACAAAAACCCCUCCAAAGUGAAUGGUUCUCUGGCAAAUGCUUUCACUGGUACCGUACAACCGCUGAACUGGCCCAGACCAGUCUAUGAGCUGGACACCUCCGACCCAUCCAACAAUGGCUUCUUGAACCAGGACUUCCUUGUAUGGAUGAGAAGAGCAGCCUUGCCUGAUUUUAGAAAGCUGUACCGUAGAAUAACUGAGGGGGACUAUGCUGAUGGACUGCCCUCUGGGAACUACUCACUAGAGAUCAACUACAAUUACCCUGUACGUGACUUUGGUGGCCGUAAGAAGGUGUUCUUCAGCAACGUUUCCUGGAUGGGUGGCAAGAACCAGUUCUUGGGCAUUGCCUACCUGGUGAUUGGUUCUCUCUGCAUCAUCAUGUCACUGGUCAUGCUCAUUGCCUAUGCCAAGUACAGAUUUGAUGAUGAGGACUCUUAAUCAGCCCAGUGAAAAAUGGCACAUCAGUACACAUUCUCCAGUUGAGUGACCUGACCUCUAAGAUCCCAGCUAGUGUGAAAUUAUGUGAGAUCGAUGUGGGUUAGAUUUUUUUUAUUGGUAUUUUUUUAGCUUCUGGGAAAGUUUGACUUUAGCAUUCCUUCAUUUUUGGAGAAUUAUCAGAUGUUUACAGAAUUUACAAAUGAAUUAUGGUGAAAACUAGCCUACUUUUAUUCCAGUACAUGAUAUGUAAUCCACAUCUGAAAUAUCAAAGCUGUGGGUAGUUUAAUGCCACUGGCUUGAAGAACUGAUCUCAGUAGUGAAUGCCAUCACAGAAGGAAAGAAACCAUGGAUUUUAAGCUACUCUUCAGGAACUGUUUUUUUUUUUUUUUCUGGAGAAAAAUCUAAUGUGACUUUGUAAACCUGUAUCAUAUUUAUUGUAGAUAUUAUUUCUCAGGGUAUAUCUCAGGGUACAUUUUUUGGGUGUAUGUUCUCAUUUGACACUAUGAAUAAAAUGUCAAAUUUGUAAA